UUCGGUUUCGUCUGGCCGCGGCGUCUCUGUGCCCCGGAGAGCGCAAAAGAAAAGCGGAGAGGGUGGCGGAAUCGGCCAGGCGCCAUCACGCGGGGCCACCACCGCGACGUCGUCCUCGCCGUCGUCGUCGUCGUCGUUGUAGUCGUCGUCGCCGCCGCCGUCGUCGUCCACGUCCCGUUUGCCGUUCGUUUAGUGCGGGCCCACGUCAUCGUCUAGGCAGCGGCCGCGAAACCGUAUCACCGAAAAGAUGGUCAUGAUGGCCGGCAUGGACGAGCACGAGCGAAAAAUCGUCCUCGAGUUCUGCCACCUGCUCGAGAAGAGCAAGCAGCUGUUCAACGGGCUGAGGGACCUGCCACAGUUCGGGCACAAGCAGUGGCAGGGUUAUUUCGGUCGCACCUUCGACAUCUACACGAAACUGUGGAAGUUUCAGCAGCAGCACAGGACGAUACUGGACACGAAGUACGGCCUGAAAAGGUGGCAGAUCGGGGAGAUCGCGAGCAAGAUCGGGCAGCUCUACUACCACUACUACCUUCGCACGAGCGAGACCAGCUACCUGCACGAGGCCUACUCGUUCUACGCGGCGAUCCGCGGCCGGGCUUACUACAGCCGAGCCGCGAAGGAGGACAGGAGCGAGUUGAUGGUGAAGAAGCUCAGGUACUACGCCCGGUUCAUCGUCGUCUGUUUCCUCCUGAACCGGAUGAAACUGGUCCGGGAGCUGGUGCAGGAGCUGGACGCCCAGAUCGCCGACUACACGAGCACCUACGAGCCCGAGGAUCAGCUCGAGUGGCAUUUGGUGCUGGACGAGAUCAAGGCGUUCGUGAAGGCCGAGUCGGCCGUCGAGGUGAUCCACUCGGACUCGAACCCGGUGAUACUGACCUACAGGCUCGGACCGCAGACGUCGCCGCCCGUCGAACGUACGCCACCCAUGUGCCUAUCGCUGCAGGAGAUCUUGAUCGUCGGCAACUGCGCCGACCAGGUGAAGUUCAGUGAAUUGUCGAUGGACAUGUUCAGGAUGCUGCAGACGCUCGAGAGGGAGCCGAGGGACGACCCGAACCACUUGCACGACGCCUCGCCGGCCGGCAGGAUGCCGUUCAGGCCCGGCGCGUACCCCGGCGCCGAGAACGGGGCACCCAGGCGGGACAAUCCACACAAGUACCUGUUGUACAAGCCCACCUACAGCCAGGUACAGGUAUUCCUAGCGAGCGGGUUCAAGGAGCUGCCGGCGAACGGGGCGCUGUUGCUCUACUUGUCCGCGGACGGAUGCUUCUCCACCGUCAAGCACCCGGAAGAAAUGGGGUACGACCUGGGCGGCGUGUCCACGUGCAGCAAGAGGGACCCGGAGCACGGUAAGAGGCCGACAGGUGGCAAGGAACCCCACUGCCUAUAUCCGGGUGACCUCUAUCCGUUCACCAGGAAGCCACUGUUCGUGGUCGUCGACUCGGACAACAGCUUCGUGUUCCAGCAGAUACCCCGUUACUUCGGCCAGCCGUUGAUGGUGUUGAUGUCGCCCCAGGACAUGCCGCCGACGUUGCGCGACGUCCGACAAGGCGGCAGCCUUUUCACCCUCUUUCUCCACGCCCCCUUAGCCGCGUUCUGCCUUAUAUGCAACAUCGGCAACCUGGCCGUGCACCACUGGGAGCGGUGCCAGCGUUACAUCGAGCAAUUCCUCAUCGAGGCCUGUCAGCUCGUCACGCGCUCCAGAUGCGAGACCAGCGUGUUGCAGUUCUUCGGUGACGACUUCCUGCGACUGUUGGUCGUCCGGUACGUGUUCUGCGACGUGGUGUUGAACCUUCACCGAUCGUUCAGGGGUCGACAGCAGAGGCCUCGCUGCCAUCCACCGUUGCCGGACGCGGAGGUCCUCGAGCACCCGAACCUCCAUCACCUGGUGUUCGAGCUGGCCGCCUGCCUCGACUGCCGCGACCACUUCCCGGACAGUAACGAGCUCGCCUGACCCAGGCAUCUACCCUGCCCGGCCAGCCACGAGUCCGCCUCCCUUCUGUCGCCGUACACCCACGACUACGAUUAUGAUUACUGUAACUACAACUGCAACAAUAAAAUCGUUACGCUGAGACCUCAUUAAGCCGCGCCUGACGAAACGGCGAAAACCGAUGGAACAACUAAGAAAACGAGGACGAGGAAACAGCUCGUCACUCGGUAUCGUCCCGACGACGACGUCUCAGGGUAACCCGGCGUCGUGCUCUCUUCGCCGUCAACGCUCGACGGCCGGGGCUCGAUCGGGGGUCGAGGGGGGUGGAUCUCGCAAGAGGAGAAUGAGCGACGCCGGGUACGUUUCUCGCACGCGUCGCGCGAAACGCGUGAAGAAGAUGAGAGGAGGAGGAGCGCACGCAUACGCGCGUAUACAUACAUAUGUAACGAAAGGGAAGAGAGAUAUUAUUUUCGUGGACUCGUCGUGUUCUCCCGUGGACUCUCGUUCUAUGUUACACCGCGACACACCGCUGCCAGUUUUUUGCUACAGACUAGUAAACGAAACACAAGAAAUACAGAGAAAAAAGUCUAUAUAUAUAUAAAUAUAUAAAUAUACAAAAAUAUAUAUAUAUAUAAAAUAUAUGAUAUAUAUAUUCUGUCACU